CUCUGCAACUGAAAGGCUGAAACUCAGGCGGGUGCCGGAAACACACGCUUAUAACCGUCGUCGUCGUCGCCGCCGCCGGCUCCAGUCGGCAGGGUCCGCCGGAGAUGGACGCGGCGCCGUACCGUCUCGGCCUCGACGAGUCCUACCGGCCGCUGCCUUCGUUGUACCUGGCCUUCCUCGCGAUCUGGGUCGUCUCCGCUUGCUCUUGGACCUUCAACACCUACCGCAACGCCCACUUUCAGACGAGUAAUUUGCAGUGGACGCUAGCAUCGGUUCCUUUGAUCAAGGCUUUGCAGCUAAUGCUCUCCUUCCUUUUCUGGUAUUCGUGCUUUUAUCUUCAGAGGUGUUCUCUGUGGAUGUCUUUUGGGGUCUAUGUAACUGGAGUACUCUUUCAGACAGCUUCUUUUAUAUCCUUCUUGCUUAUUUCUCACGGAUACUGUAUCACCUGUGAGCGCCUAUCCGUGAAAGAGCGCCGUACAACAGCUGCACUUGGGAGUGUGUUUUAUCUGACUCUUGUUGGUUACAGAGCAUCGGUUCCUUAUUUUACGGGGCUUCUGUUGAUUAAUUAUUUUGUAUCAUUCUAUACAAUCUUUUACCACAUAUCUCAAAAUCUAUCAACGCUUAGGGAGCAGUUGAACUAUAUACAAGACGAGGAUGUUCAUGCCAUGCAUGAUGCUGUAUAUAUGAAGUACAUCAUGUUCAAGAAAUUUCAGGGUGCAAUGCAAAUUGUGGCAAUGGCUGAAAUAGUGAUUUAUGUAAACAUUGACGACUCAUCACAUAAUUACUGGCUUCGACUGUUAUUUCGAGAAUGGGCAAUAUUCUGCAUAUUUUUGUACAUUGGGUGGACUUUCAGAUCACAAGACCUAGCACCCCGCUUCACAGUCAUGCCAUCUGUAAAAUCUAAAGGCAGCACAGUUAUUCCUCCUAUAUACAGUAUUGAAAUGGAUGCAGCUACUUUUAAAGAUUUCAGUCGUAACAAGUGGCACAUUGGAAUACCAACUUCCCCUUGUGGCGACAAGAGCUGUGGGGAUUCGAUUCUUGUCGUGAUUCAGCAUCCCCACCAACACAGGCUUACAAAUCCCGACAAGCCUUUGCAAGCUCAGGCAUUCUAACGACUUCAGGCAACCGAGUCCUUGAGAGCUCGUCUGAAAAGAUUAGCGUUCUGCACAAAUUGCCAUAGUUCAAGCAGGGUGUUCAUAUUAGUGUAUAGGGAACACUUCGCCGCAGCCGAAUUUUUCUUCGUUCCCUUCCAUAGAAGAGCAGAGAGGAAGGGGCCAAGAACCGGCUAGUCCUUUAGGCGAUUCGCGGUCGUCCCCUGAUGUAGCUAAAUACAGCCCAAUCAUGGAAACUGUAUAUUCUUCCUUUU